AUGAAGUGCUUCAGCUUCAUCUUACUCCAGGCUCUCUUUUGGGUUCCAUCCCUCGUCUUUGGAGUGAAACUCCCUCUUAUUCCAUCUAGCGCGUCGCAGGUCCAAGCAGCUAAAGAUAUCCUAGAUGCAACCAAGCCAAACGAGCUGAUUCCUCCACACAAGCUGGCUAGCAAGUUCUAUCGGCUGUCUUUCUUGGAAGGCGACCCGGACAGACCCUUUGCGAUUCAUCAUCAAGUGCAGAGCCAGGCUUUCUACCGUAUGUACAUCGACCAUUACAUGCACCUCAGAGUGAAGCCAAUCUACGAUGAGCUUCAAAGAGGUCGUGUGGUGAACAUCUUAGUGCCUUUGGGCCACAAUCAGGGCGGGUCGACGGCUGAGAAUCAGGCUACCUCUCUGACCUUCGACAUUAGGUCCGCAUACAACGCUUUCGAUGACCUUGUAGACGAGUUCUGGAAGAACUAUGCUUCUAUAUACGCUCAAAAGUACUGGCAGAGACUCCACAACAAGCGGGAGUUCCUGAUCGAGAACAAGGACACUUUCGAAACCACGUACUCCGAUCUUCCUGAAGACAAGAAGGCAAUACUUGGGUAUCAAAACAAAAACAAGGUAGUCAGAGACUAUCUUUACCAUCUCAGGGCGAUGCAUGGAAUAGCGAUGAAUCAUAUAGGAUCCGCUCUGGAGGCGAAGGACGAUAUUGCGCAACGAAGAGCGUCAAGCUUGCUAGCUUCCACAUCACAAGAUCACAGAACGGAUGGAAAGGAAUACGUCUUCAUCGAUGAGGGAACGUCAUCGUAA